UUCUUCUAUUUGUAGGUCAGUGUUUUUCAUCAUGUGUCAGAUCUAUCAAUACAAAUUUAUUGAUAAGACAAAGAACUGGAGGGAUGCUAAGCAUCACUGUAGACGUCAAUAUACAGACCUCGCCACAGUGUAUGACAUGACAGACAUGAAAGCCAUGGAGCAACUCUCUGGAGGAGACGCCUGGAUUGGACUGAACCGCAGAGGAAACGUAAACACCUGGAAGUGGUCAGAUGGGAGCAGUUCCACGUUCAGACUCAACAGUGUUAAUAAAGCGUCUGGUGGUAAAUGUGUUUCGACUCAGUCAGGAGAAUGGAGCUCUGCACCCUGUAAUGAGCUAAAACCCUUCUUCUGCUAUAAGGAUAAAAUGAAACUGAUCGAUGAAGAGAAGACCUGGGAGGAGGCCUUGGAUUACUGCCGAGAGAAGCACGAUGACCUGGUCUCCAUCACCGACCAGGCACAGCAGGAAUCGGUCCAAAAUAAAGUCGGGACUGCCAGGACUCCGUUCAUCUGGCUGGGGCUGCGCUACACCUGCACCCUGAACAUCUGGUUCUGGGUCAAUGGUGAGGUACUCAACUAUGACAACUGGAAUUCAACACAAAGUCCUGACUGUUACUCUGCAGCAGCCAUGAAUACAACAGACUAUAAGUGGGUCAAACAGAUGGAUAAUGAGACGUUUAACUUCAUUUGUGUCAAAUAGAAAGUGUUCAACCCACCUGACCGCAGUGGGGACACUUUUCAUAAAUCUGGGGCAUUUUUUUUCUUUGCUACAAAACUGUAUGAUACAAUACUGCAGUACUACAAUAUCAUACAGUAUACUACAAUACUGUAUGAUACAAUACUGCAGUACUACAAUAUCAUACAGUAUACUACAAUACUGUAUGAUACAAUACUGCAAUACCACAAUAUCAUACAGCAUACUACAAUACUAUAUGAUACGAUACUGCACAUUAUGCUCUGUAGAUUUAUUGAACAGCAACAUGACAAACGUAGAAAUUACAUUUAUCUACAUUUGUUUGCUUCUAGGUAUUUAAAAAAUAUUUAAUCUUUUCGUUAACAACUGGUGAUGGUUAUAAAAUGUGUGAGACCGUAUUUUAUCUACUCUGAUAUUAAUAUUCAUAUGUUGAUUAUCCUGAAACCUUUGACUCAGCUUGAGAUUUUUCUUACACAGAUUCUUAAUCUUUAUUAAAGUAGAAAACAAAGACUGUUUCUGAUUUCACUUGGUUUGUUGAACGUCAAUAAAGAGCUUGUGAAAAUGUG